CUACGACGUAUACAGUGUAUAGUUCCAUUGGUAUUUUAAUUUCCAAGCUAAGCGACGAAGGACACCUCGACUGUCUUGCUACGGUUGUAAUUAACAUAUAACAUGACAUCAGUAAACGUGGUAGAUAUAACUUUGCUGGUCAUGGCCAUAGCACUCCUGUUAGGAUUGUUUGCGGCAUUGUUUUUCUGCAAGUACUGCAACAAACGCACCGGGACAUCGUCUGCAUCCAGUGGCACUCCUGUUGGCAGCAACACACAUGUUCAGUUCACCGCCACGGGAUCCAUCCCGAUUUACAUUCUUCCCGAGCGCAGUGCGGCGUUCCAUCACGUUCACGAUGCCGGAUUAGACCGGUCGGUGCAUCCGGUUCCGAUCGACCAGCUUCUUAUUCUGUGUCCAUUCUCCUUCCGCUUCGAGAAUAGCCUUUUGAAAUACAUUGGAGCCAAGCUGCCGUUGUCCUUAUCCAGCGGAAUGCAUUCAAUCUGCAUAUGCGGAUGCGACUUAAGACGCGUAGCGGUUUCCAUGAAUACACAAUCCAUUUCGUUCUCUGCGAACAUACGGCAGACAGCUGAACGGAACUUCUGCAUCUCUUCCCAAACAUCUUCAUCCAAUCAUAUUCAUCAAAGUGCGAAACGGACAUACAUGUGUUGUAUGAUCCCGUGAUCCCGAGCCAGGGCGACAGAGCUGGUGGUUGUCACAGAUCCACCGUUACUGGUAGGCCGCCUACCAGUACUUUGUAGAUUUUAUAUAAUUAAAUUACACCUGAUUUUUUAUCGAAUCUCCGGGCCUCCUCGACAAAUGAAACUGUUUAACUCAACGCCGUCAACCGGUCUAUGUAAUAAGUAAAGGAAAGGUUGCCCGGUGUGCCCACAGAACGUUUUAAUAAUUUAAAGGAUGAACUGCAUCAACACUGAGCGCUACCGUAGGAAAUACACGAAUCAUGCACACUUUAUAGUCGGCGUUGGCACAAUUGGGACCAGAGACUCGUUUUUUCACGGCCAUCAGUCAUUUGAACUGAUUUCAGCGGCAAAUGCAUGCAGUAUAGUGCUCAUCUUGUGUUCGACAGAUCCUCCGACAUAAGUGAUCCUGUUCCGGGUUGAAGUGUGUUUGGGGCAAAUUCGCAGAUGAUUUUGUGUCUCCUCUGAGUAUAAGCGAUUUUUAUUUUCACUUUGACAUUGGUGAAAGAUUUGGCCAGUUGCAUGCGUUCCUGGAAGACAUGUACAGAUGCGAUCGGAUCCAUUGGUGGCUGGCUACGACACGCGCAAAAUUGACGCAGAAUGGUUUGGCAGAGUUCUUUAGAAGAACGGAAUCGUUUUCAGGUGCAUUGGAAAUCGAUACAGCACGCCACUGGAAUAUUUUCGACCUUCUCCAACGACAUCCCCGAAUCAGUCAUAAUUUUGUUAUAUUUUGGAUUUUUAACGCAGAAAGGGAAGACUUCCUGAGAACACACAUUCUACCAGAACUAUCAUCCCGUGUGGAUCUGCAUUCCGUCCUGAUACCGUUGAGCGCUAGUAGCGUCGAUCAAAACAAAUGGCUGUUUGUGAAACAAGGAGCGAACGGGGAUGUGCAGUAUUUCAGACGACAGCCUGUGGCAUUGCAUCAGUGGUUUACACAGAAAUGCCAGGAUUUUGCAUAUGAGUCAUGUGCAUGGGGUCAACUCUUUGUUGAGCGUCGCCUUACAAUAAGUCUGUAUCGGUUGACUUAUCACACUGUACAUAUGGAUUUUGCUCCAAUCGGAUGCACGACUCAGAACAGUAACCAGUCAAAAAUUUCCCCUACCGGUCAGCAGAGUCGGAAUGCGCAAGCGGCGAUUCUACCGAUAGUAGGAAUGGAUCCGGACACGUCCGUAACGGAGGAACGAUACAAGUCUACUGCUGAUAGCAGAGCGGUGUUGAAAAUGUAUUUCGAAGAAGUCAUCGAACACGAUGGUGACCAGGCGAAUGACCAAAGUAAACUGGAAUAUCACACCAACAUGACCGAUUUUUACACUUGUUCCGAUAUUAACCCGGUCACGAGAGAGCGAUUUCGCAUCCACGCAGGAGUGUAUCUGGUGACACAUGCGACGGCCGGAACUAUACUGCACUUUGUCUUCCCAUCCGCCUUACCGGAGGACCAGAAAGCAGCCAUCAAAGCUAUUUUUGAUGAUCCUCAGAUUAAUCGGUUCACGACUGUAGCGUUUGACGUGGAAUGUCAAGAAAGUAACGUUCAGUAUCGGGAUGCUCUGUUACAGAAUCAUGCGCAUCUUGCUGAACAGGAAAAGUUUUAUUUUCGUGUCAGCGAACAUUCUGGAAAGGAUACGGUUUUAAUGUCGGAUUCAUGUCACGCGGUCACCACGAUGCUGGCAAAAUAUGGGCAUCUCCUGUACCAGCGCUUCACUGGUACAAGUGAUACAGAGUGCCAACGCCUUGACCAUGUCCAGCUCUGGACCGAGUUUUAUAGUUUUUCGGCGAUUGAACGCAUUGGCAGCCUAGCAAACCAAUUUGAAGGCGCGAAACUGAACCGGACGUUUCAGUAUUCGCGUAAUAACUGUCGACGCCGCUUUCGCCAUCCCGCUGAAUACUGUCAGUUGAUCCUGAAACCCAUCUUGAUUAACAUUGCUGUGCAUAAUGAAGCAAUUUCCCGUAUCAACUGUACCAGUAUGGGAGCAUCAAUCGAUUUCGAUCAUGUAACCGGGCUGUGGAAACACAAAUCGGUUCCUCAACAUAUUGCCGGCAACAGGGAUCUUCCACUUCCCACAUGUUAUGAUAUUUUGCGUCCACAGCGGCCCGCGCAACGGGAAGGUAGAAUCCAGACGGAAGUGCUGGAACGACCCCAGUUGAAGGACCGGGAAUGCCAGACGGAAGUGCUGGAACAACCCCAGUUGAAGGACCGGGAAAGCCAGACGGAAGUGCUGGUCCAGAGUAUUUACAUUCCAGAAGAGAUCCUGGACGCAACCUUAGCGGCUAACGCCUAGUAUGUACGGACUAUACAUCGCCAGUUCUUAGACGGUUGUCGUUGAUUAUUCUACUGACGUCUUUUAGUAAGCCAACGGUAUAUGUUCGUGCAGUGAAUACUUAUCAUCGAUUUACAUUGUUUAAUUGGCAGAAUUGUCUGAUGUUCUCUGCAAUUUGAGUUACUAUUUUAUUUUGGCGUCAAUGGUCAAUAUAGUAUUCACGAUUUCAUGUACUCGUAUACGACGGACGAUACGUAAUCUGGCGGACCCGACUCUGUUCAGUUACUAACAAUUUGAAUAUUUGUUUUAUUUGUAAAAUUAAAAUUUGCUACAUCCUGCAAUUUUUUUAGCAGGCCAGCU